CCCCAUUCGUUUGCGACGGCGAUUAUACUUUCCAAGUACCCCAAUUUCAAGUCAAAGCUCAUGCCUCUCACUCUCUCGCGUUGUUUGGGUGGUUCAUGAACCCUCAACAAUCUCUGUGCUCCUCGCUCUUCAUACGUGGGCUCUCCCUCUCACAAGGUAAUCUAGCAAUGGUCGUCUUUCCACAAACUGCAGUAGAGAAGAUCCUCUAUCAAAAACAGUGAAGCUUUCCCAAUUGGAAAACUUGGUAAAAUUUCGAAUAGCUUCGUAUCACUGACUCAAGAGAGGGACGAUCGUAAAAAUAAUCCUGUUUCGUGUCCUCCUCUUCAUCCUCCAAUGCUUGAGAGUUUUCCAUGAGAUUCUAUUACCUCCGAAACUCCUCUAACAUCAAUCAAUUCCCAAGCUUGGGAUCCAAACACCACACACGAACCCACAUCAUCAAUCCUCAGAGAACACCAAAAGAGGCACUGAUGCUUUCUCGACUGAUGUCGUCCACCAUAGACUAUUGCAAUUUCGGACUUGAACUGGGUGUGAUCAAACGUAAGAGGGAAUACUUUUUGAAAAAUCCAAUCGCCAUGCCAAAACCCACAUUUGACCUCACAUCCACUCUGUGUCGCACAACAAGUAAGCUUCUCCAGAAUGAAAAACUGUGACCUAGAGUGCCGCAUUGGAGGCAAAUGAUGCUGUUACUGCUGCUGAAUUUGCAAUUUCAAAUUGCAGGUAAAUUGGACAAUGAAUCUCCAAUGUUUGCUAAUGCCUAACCCACAAUGGCCAAGUCCCCUCCGCCGAAUUCCAUCCAAAUGUCUGCAGUGCUCGAUCACCGUGGUUCAAAUGUCAUUCCACAUGAUUUAAUUUCGUCGCUUGACAGAGAAUCCAACUUGGUGAAUUUAAAGGUGGGAUACAACAAAGCAGAGCUUGAAUUAUCCCCCGGUUACGAGUUGCCGACUGCCCCCACUAAAUGGUGAUCAUCUCUCAGAUAAAUCUUCGCUUGGUUCCCACAAGGAAACAGACUUCGUGUCAGCAAUGUGCAUCAGCAGCAACUUGCGGACAUGUUUGUGUGGGAGAGCGCAGAAUGGACGUGUUUUGAAAGACCACCGCUCAACCUGACGACAGAGAGCGGUUUUGGUGAUGGAACUAUUGGAAAGAUUGUUUUCACACUUCAAGAUAGAUGGGAAUUUGUUCAAGUUGUCCAAGCCCAGACAACACACCGAGAGUAGCUGUUGAAAAAAAACCAGAGGUUAAGUACACAACCCAGAACUCAAAACAAGUUGAAGGAGUGAUUCAAGCCAUAAAAGCUAGUGACAACAAAGAUCAAAAGAAGGGGAAGCUAACUGUUUGCGUCUUACAACACGUCACUGAGGACGUGAGGGAUGUUUACACUCUAGGGAAGAAGUUGGGUGCUGGAAAUUUCGGCAUCACCUAUUUGUGCACCGAAAAGAGCACCGGUGAUGAUUAUGCUUGCAAGACUAUUUCGAAGAAGAAGCUUAAGUCGAAGGACGAUGUUGCAGACGUUCGGAAAGAGCUCCAAAUCAUGCAUCAUUUAUCUGGUCAUCCAAACAUUGUGGCUAUCAAAGGUGCAUUUGAAGAUGAGGCGUCUGUGCACUUCGUUAUGGAGCUAUGCGCUGGUGGCGAACUCUUCACUCGCAUCACUGAGAAGGGGCAUUACAGUGAGGCAGCUGCAGCUUCUGCGAUGAGAACCAUCGUCAGCGUGAUAGAAACUUGCCACAUUUUGGGUGUCAUACAUCGCGAUUUGAAGCCUGAGAAUUUCCUUUUGCUGAACAAGCGGGAGGAUUCACCUCUGAAGGCAACGGACUUCGGGUUGUCCACGUUUUUCAAACCUGGUGAAGUGUGCAAAGAUGUGGUGGGAAGUGCAUUCUACGUUGCACCAGAGGUUUUGAGAAGGAAGUAUGGACCCGAAUCCGACAUCUGGAGUGCAGGCGUGAUCCUGUACAUUCUGCUCUCAGGAGUGCCGCCGUUCUGGGCAGACACAGAGGAUGGCAUCUUUGCCGAGGUGCUGAAGGCGAAAGUGGACUUUGACACGGACCCAUGGCCUAAAAUAUCCAAAGAUGCAAAGGAUCUCAUUCGAAAGAUAUUGAACCCAGAUGUUAAAGCGAGGCUUACAGCAAGUGAAGUGUUGGCGCAUCCAUGGGUACGAGAGAAAGGUGUGGCAUCAACGAAGCCCAUGGACUCCUCGGUGCAGAACCGGCUCAAGCGCUUCGCGGCGAUGAACAAGAUGAAGAAACUGGCAGUGCGCGUGAUCGCGCAGUCGAUGUCGGAGGAAGAGAUCGCGGGGCUGCGCAACAUAUUCAAGAUCAUGGAUGUAGAUGGGAGCGGCACUAUCACGUUUGAGGAGUUGAAGCAAGGGCUACAGAAGGUGGGGUCCAACAUGAGGGAGGCGGACGUGCGCGACCUGAUGGACGCAGCGGACGUAGACAAGAACGGGACGAUCGACUAUGGGGAGUUUUUGGCGGCGACGAUCAACAUGAACAAAGUGGAGCGCGAGGAGAACAUGCUGGCGGCGUUCCGGUACCUGGACAAGGACAACAGCGGGUACAUCACGGGCGAGGAGCUGCAGAAUGCGUGCGCGGAGUUCAACAUGGGUGAGAUGAACCUGGAGGACCUGAUGCGCGACGUAGAUCUGGACAACGAUGGCCGCAUCGACUACCAGGAAUUCGUGGCCAUGAUGCGCAAGGGCACGGGCACCGCGCCCCCGCAGCGCGGCGCCCGCAUGGAGCCCUCCUUCGGGAUCCAUCCACGAAGAGAAAGUUCCGGGGCCUUAAUACCGCCACGAGCUUUCCGUCCGUCGGGAAGGUACAUUUAUCUUCAAAUAGAAGAGACAUUCGUCCAUUUGAUGCCGAGGAUCCGAUGGUCUUGUGGAUGUUUGCAUGAGCUCAGCCUGGCGUGCGGAGUGGCAAGAAUCGCCGGAUCCUUGCACAGCAUCUGGGAUCCUAUUUUCGCCCUAGUUAGCAUCGUUGAGAAUCGCCAUGAAGCUAUCGCUGCUUCCGUGUGGGCCACGCCAUGAAGCUCAGAUCAUCUGGACAAUACUCAGAGGUGUGGUGUUAGGGGAGUACUGGCUCAAAAGGAACGCGAAGGUUUUCAACCCCGAAGACUGGGCUCUUGAGCAAAUUACAGAAAGAUCAUGGAAAGGCCAUGAAGGCUAUGGUCGCCUAGAAUGGAAAAACAUAACACACGCCUAGGCUGAUGAUGAACCAGCCUAUUUCAUCUUCGAUCAUUUUGACAAAACCUGGGGUCCCAAUAACCUGCUCUGUACUAGAACAGGAACUGGAAUACAAUGGCUUAGUUGCAAUAAUAGACGUACAUUAUAUAUAUAUAUAUAUAUAUACAUAUACAUUAAAAUAAAAAAAAUAAAAAAGGUCCUACUUAAAGGUUGUAAUA